AGUCUCUGUUAGAGGAGGGCCAGCUGGGGCCACAGCGGGACGGACGCACAGAGGGACCCGAUGGAGGAGCUGGUAGGGCUGCGCGAGGGCUCCUCGGGGAACCCUGUGACUCUUCGGGAGCUAUGGGGCCCGUGUCCCCAAAUCCGCCGAGGCAUCCGAGGUGGCCUGGAGUGGCUGAAGCAGAAGCUGUUCCGGGUGGGUGAGGACUGGUACUUCCUCAUGAUCCUCGGGGUGCUCAUGGCCCUGAUCAGCUACACCAUGAACUUUGCCGUGGACCGUGUGAUCGGAGCACACAAUUGGCUGUACCGGGAGAUUGGGGACAACCACCUGCUCCGGUAUCUCUCCUGGACCGUAUACCCCAUGGCCCUGGUCUCCUUCUCCUCCGGCUUCUCCCAGAGUAUCACACCCUUCUCCGGAGGUUCUGGAGUCCCGGAGCUGAAGACCAUCUUGUCGGGGGUGGUCUUGGAGGACUACCUGGAUAUCAGGAACUUCGGGGCCAAGGUGGUGGGCCUCACCUGCACCCUGGCCGCCAGCAGCACCAUCUUCCUGGGCAAAGUGGGCCCCUUCGUGCACCUGUCUGCCAUGAUGGCUGCCUACCUGGGCCGCGUGCGCGUCCAGGCCACCGGGGAGUCUGAGAACAAGAGCAAGCGAAAUGAAAUGCUGGUGGCGGGGGCUGCGGUGGGCGUGGCCACAGUGUUCUCGGCCCCCUUCAGCGGCGUCCUGUUCAGCAUUGAGGUCAUGUCUUCCCACUUCUCGGUCUGGGAUUACUGGAGGGGCUUCUUUGCUGCCACCUGCGGGGCCUUCAUGUUCCGCCUCUUGGCGGUCUUCAGCAGCCAGGAGGAGACCAUCACCUCCAUCUUCAAGACCAGCUUCCGGGUGGAUGUCCCCUUCGACCUGCCAGAGAUCUUCUUUUUUGUGGCGCUCGGGGCCAUCUGUGGCAUCGUGAGCUGUGCUUACCUCCUUUGUCAGCGCGUGUUCCUCGGCUUUGUCAGGACCAAUCGGGUCAUCUCCAAACUCAUGGCCACCAGCAAGCCUCUGUGUUCCGCCCUGGCCGCCUUGGUUCUCGCCUCCAUCACCUACCCCCCUGGCUCGGGCCGCUUCAUGGCUUCUCGGCUGUCCAUGAGUGAGCUUCUGAACUCACUGUUAGACAACAACUCGUGGGCACUGAUGACCCAGAACUCAUCCCCACCCUGGCCUGCGGAGCCCGACCCCCAGAACCUGUGGUUCGAAUGGUACCACCCUCGGUUCACCGUCUUUGGGACACUUGCCUUCUUCCUGAUUAUGAAGUUCUGGAUGCUGAUUCUGGCCACCACGAUCCCCAUCCCUGCUGGGUACUUCCUGCCCAUAUUCAUCUACGGAGCUGCCAUCGGGCGCCUCAUAGGGGAGGCCCUCUCUGUUGCUUUCCCUGAGGGUAUUGUGGCCGGAGGGGACACCAACCCCAUUGUGCCUGGGGCGUAUGCCCUGGCAGGGGCCGCGGCCUUCUCAGGAGCUGUGACCUACAGCAUCUCCACGGCGCUGCUGGCCUUUGAGAUGACUGGCCAGAUCGUGCAUGCACUGCCCGUGCUGAUGGCGGUGCUGGCGGCCAACGCCAUUGCCCAGAGCUGCCAGCCGUCCUUCUACGACGGAACCAUCAUUGUCAAGAAGCUGCCGUACCUUCCAUGGAUCCGGAGCCGAAACAUCAACUCUCACGGUGUGACUGCGGAGCACUUCAUGAACUGCACCAUCACCACGCUGGCCAAGGACACACCACUGGAGGAGGUGGUCAAGGUCGUGACCUCCACAGACACGGCCGAGUACCCCCUGGUGGAGAGCACAGGUAACUGAAUCUGAGUCCAGACUCCGCAACUGUGUGACCUUGGGCAAGUCGCUUCGCCUCUCUGAGCCCCAGUUUCCUCAUUGGUAGAAUGGAGAUAAUAGCCAGCCUGCCUUGGGGUGGCUGACAUGUUCAGGUGAGACAUGAGAGGAUGCUUGUAAGGCUCUCUGUGAACAGCUCUUGGAAUUCUAGAAACCAGGCCUGUGUGCUUGGGCAGUGGGGGUAGGAUGGUGGGAAUACUCCUGGAGUCUCCCACCAGGCUCCUUCCCUCAGCCUCCCCUUCAGGAGUUCCCCUGCUGAGUUCCCUGUCCUAGUCCCCGUUGCCAUAAGAAAAACAUGUGUUUAAAGAAAAACGAAUGGGCGCCCUUAUUAAAAGACACAUAAGCUUGGGGGAAGAUUUAGUUAAGCACCUUUCCCACUGGGACAAAUACAGUAUGAGUGGGAAAGAUAAGUUGAGGGGGGGACAGCCAUGUCCACUCAUGGCCACUGUCAGCCAUAUGUCCCCUUUGUGCAAAUGAGACAAGGUGCACACUUGGUAAGCAUAGCACAGCUGGAUUUUGGUCCUCACUUGUCCUUUGGGCAGGUACCUUGUGCAGUGAGCAACCUGCACAACUGUAUGGGUUACCCCCAUACCCACUCCAAGAGGCAUAAAGCCACUGAUGAGCAGCAGAGACAUGGGUAAACCCCUUAAGCUCUACGAACUGCAGUUUCCUCAUCUGGAAAAUAGGGAUUAAUACAGUGUGGAGUUGUCAGAGGUUCUUAUCCCAAACGCCAGGCACUUCUCCCCACCCAAAUUGGGACACCUUUAACUUUAUCCCACAGAACAUGCCACAUAUCCCAUUUGAAAAUAUUUGCAUAUGGAGGACCCCUCUGAGAGGCUUCACCUCCUGGAACAAAGACAGAAUUGGCCUCAGAGACAAAGGCCGCUUUUACCCCUUCUGGCACAGGAAGGAAAGAGUGCCCAGCUGCACGACCCUGUUUCUUCCCCAAGAAAUAGCUUUAAUUUUUUUAAAGGGGAGCAUUUAUAGGUCUAGUUGUAAAGUUUUAAUUUUACUGAAUGAGAAGUAGAAAUCCUAGGCUUUCCCCUCAAAACCAAACGCCUGUAAACUCCAGUGACACCCUGGAGCGAGGCUUGCCAAGCCCCCAGCUCACAGUAGGACCCCAGAACAUGGUGCCUCCCAGGUUCACGCCUCCACUGGGCUGAAACUUCCUGUGGGAAAUGAGGACAAGCCCAGUUCUGACACACAGAUGUCUUCAUACAGGUGUCACACACCUGCUCCUGCCUUGAGGCCCUGCCACCUGGGGAACCUCAGGCUGGGCAGCUUCUCUCCCGGCCCCCUGGCAGCCUUACCCAGCUGCCCUCAGCUACCACACCUCCAUGUCAGAAGCUGAGUGACAUUGGGCAAGACAAUCAACCUCUCUGUGUCUCUGAGCCUCAGUUUCCUCUUCUGUAAUAUGAGUGAUAAUAGUUCCUGACCCAUAGGCUGCUCUAGGUUCCUGAGAGAUGUAAGGACACCUAGCAUAGUUCUUGGCACAUAGUCGGUGCCCAGAAAUGCCAUUUCUUUCUUCAUAAUGAGCCUCUCCCUCUCCA